CUCCACGGGGGGGAAAAAAAGUCCAAAUAAUUUAUUUAAACAUAAGCGAUUAGAAUACUGCUUCAUUUAUACGUUCGUUUGCGCGCAAGCGCCACCUCUUCUCUUCCGCAUUGCUGCCCAAGACCGCACGGAUUUGAAAUUCAGGCGCGCAAAAUGUCACGUUCUGCUCUCAUUUUAUUUUUCUCGUUGGGAAUCCUUAUAAAAGGUUUAGAGGCUGCGAUUGAAACCCAGCAGAUCGUGUUGGCAGCAGCGGGAGACCAGGCUUCUCUGAGCUGUCAGCUCUCGAAAAGCAAAGAUGUCCUCCAAGUCACCUGGCAGAAAGUCCUCCCCGUCGGAGAGAGGAACCUCGCCACUUAUACCAAGAAGUUUGGUUCUAGAGUGAGUUCUGAUCUGAAGGAGAAGAUGGAUUUUCAGUACGAAUCUCUGCAGAGCUGCUCCAUGGUGAUCAGGAAGACAACGCAUCAGGAUGAAGGCUGCUACAGAUGUUUGUUUAACUCUUAUUCUGAAGGAGCGCUGAUCGGCAGGACCUGCCUAAAACUCUAUGAGCUGCAUGGACCCUUCAUUAACGUCAGUAGAUCAAACUCUCAUCCAGGGUCGGUUGUGACCUGUUCAGCCACAGGUCGACCUGUUCCCAUGGUAACGCUGACUGUUCUCCAUCCGGACCUCGUCUUCUCCCAAUACAGCACCAGCAGAGAGACCAACACCAACGGUACCGUCACCUUCACCACUACAGCUCUGCUCUCAGCUCUCAGUACCACACAGGUUGGAUGUUCAGUGUCAGUGGACUCUGCUGCUCCCAGAGAGCUGCUGGUCAUCGUUCCUGGACUCACUGAGACGUCAGAUUAUGAGCAAGAGAAACAAAAUAGUUUGAGUUAUGAUGAGAGCCAGGAGUCUAAAGGCCUGAAAAUUCUCUUGAUCCUUGGAGUUGUCGCUGUUAUAGUUUUGACUUGUUGUGGUGUUGCACUUAUCGCCCUCUGGAGACACAAACGUGUCCAAAACAGAGACGAUGAGAAUAUCAAAACACCAAUAAGACCAGGACGUGCAGACAGGAACGUAACACCUUUGAACUCGACGAAUGAGAUUAAACAGAGACUUUCUGCCAAGAAAAGUCCACAGAACGACGACCUCAAAGCAUUUUCUUCGGCGGCAAAAAGGCUGUUUUGAUGACCUCUGACCUGACAGAUUGACAUCAGCGUUAAAGAUCCAGUUGAUCAUUCAAAGUUGAUGAAAACUGAAUGGAUCCCGUUUGGAAAUCUAUUUGGUUGGAUAAACUACACACUUUGUAUUUCCUUUGAAUUCAUGUAAAGGAAAUUUGCUGAAAAUUUUCUAUAUAAGUAAAAUCACUAUAUUUCAAGAUGUGUGUAAAGCUGUUCUGUACCUUCUCUUAUUAUUGAUUUUUGUUGUCCUAAAGGAGAUGAAUGUAUUUUGUAUGCUUAGUUACAGCUUAUUUGCUUUAAAUGUUUUCUUCCGAUGUCUGGUUAACAGCAGAACAACCUGUUUAAAUCACCAUAUUGUGAAAUAAUCUACUCCUUUGCACAUUUUGAGUAUAAAGAUUUUUAUCUCUGAGAAAAUACAUUUAACCAUGAAAUGCAUUUUUUCUUCUUUUUUAUCUACCUUAACUUCUUCUUUCAAAGGAACAUUAAAGGAGUGUAAGAUUCACUUGACAGCCCUUUUGAGUCACUGCUAAGCAAAAUAAGCACAUUUACGCUGUCAACUUUAUCCUUGUUUUGUUUGCAUGUAUUAUUUUUACUUGACUGCACAUAAAGACAUUCCCUUUAA